CAAGUGAGGGGUUGAGGCUCGCUGCCAGUCAGCAAACCGCAGCAGAGCUCUGUAAAACCGUGGCCAGUGAACGUUCCGCGAACUGAAGUCACACAGCAGCCAGGAACCCAAAACAAAGGAAAAAUACGAGCUAACAGCAGAGCCUCGCCCCAUGCUCGCUCACUCUUUUUUUUUCUGAACCCCCCCACCGAAUUCGACGUGUCUCUCCUCUCAAACUUGCGAGACGCAAUCAAAGGCACGGUUUCCCUCUUGAUUGCGCAUGAGAUACCCCAUUCUGCCCGGUGACAUAAUUACGAUACAUGUAUCGUCGGGUUUUCCCAAUUAUGAUCUUGAAAAGUCCGAGUCGUUUCUCGGGAGAUUCUCAGCUCUACUGGUAUCGAACAUGGCCGCAACGAUGAUGGCGCCCGGCCUCCCUCGGUCGCAAACCACUACUCCGCUAGCAAUAAGUGGUUUCGUGAUGGAUGAUGUCAAACGGGUUGAAAAGCUUGACGACCGGGGAGAAGCCUAUUACCGCAUCCGUCUUGGUCAAGGACGCAGAGACAUCAGGGUCGGAGAAACAACAGACAACGUCAUCACCGCCGUCGGGGAUCAAUUGGAUGAAGCCCAGGUCAUCUUCGACCCACAACCCGAGGAGGACUGCUUCAUCCCCCGCGAGUCCUUCGAGGCGAUCAUCACCCCUGAAGUGAUCGCGCAAGUCGUCAACCAACUCCCGUGUUACGAAAACAUCAGCCCCAAAGAGCGCAUCCAGGUAGCCGGCGACAUUUACUACGGGAAGGAUUCAAGCCCCGGAGCCCCCAAACCCUGCCGGAAGUUACUGGCUACGCUGAUCGGGGUCCAGGCCGGAAAGGGGCUUGAUACCGUGGAUGAGAUCAAGAGACACAUGGACGAAGGGAUGAAUGACGACUGUCUCCCCCUCCUUUCCGGCCCCGACGGUCAGCUCAUCUGCCGGUUCCAUCAACAUGCCCACCCGUUUAUAAACCACAGACGGCCCCGUCAGAAACAGUGGCGGAAGCAUUUUGUGCGCUGGUCCCAAACUCUCAUGGUGCCUUACAUUGUGUGGGGGGAAGGUCCGGAGCGCUUGCAUCGACAUUAUGUUAUGCGCGGCGGCGGCCCCCUUCCCAUGGUGGUGGUGUCGGACUCGUCAGAACCACAUGCGCACCACAGCGGCGGGUUUGGUGACGUCCUCAAAGUCAAAAUACAUCCCGGCGACCGGAACUUCCAAGGCUCCGGGACCCAAGACAGCUUCUUUGCGUUGAAGAAGCUCAAAGAAAACGGCGAGUCCGCGCGGACAGAGUUCGACUUGGAAGUGCGUUCUCUGAUUUUCGCCGAGAACCGCGCGAAUCACGUCCCGGGGCCGGGCGAUACGGAAACGAGGAGCAACGCCAUCCAACUUCUAGCUUCGUUUGAAAUCCACGACUCGAAGUCGAAUCACCCCACGUACUACCUCUUGUUCCCCUGGGCCGACGGGAACCUGGAUGAGUUCUGGAAACAGCAGGACGGAAAGUUUUCUCCACGGGAUCCGGCGCAAACGGACUGGAUGGUUGAGGAGUUCUACCGUCUAAUCAAGGCCCUCCAGUGCCUGCACAACGACCGCCAAUCCAUCCUGUCCAAAAGGACCGACUCCAAUCGGUAUGGGCGGCAUGGCGACAUCAAACCGGGCAACUUCCUCUUCUUCGACGACAUCAAUGGCCCCGGGUUCAAGCUUGUGCUGGCCGACUUUGGCCUGGGCCGGUUGCACAGCAGGAAUAGCAGGUCUAAGGCGUCCCCGAACGUGCCGAAAACGGCCACGUAUGCAGCCCCCGAGUAUGACCUAGAAGGAGGUGUGCUCUCGCCCCGGUCCGACAUUUUCAGCCUUGGUUGCGUGCUGUUAGAGCACAUGGUGUGGCUCUUCCAGGGCCACGGCGGCGUGGAAGCCUUCGCAACCGAACGUCUGUCGAGGGAUCACUACGGGUUUGAGUCGGAUAUCUUCUGGAAGAUAUCAGAGUCCGACCCAAAGUCCGCAGAGAUCAAGGACAAUGUCGGGAAGCAGCUUGCGACGCUCAAGAAUCACGAUGACUGUGUGGAAGUGAUCGGCGAAAUACUGGAAAUGAUCGAGAAAAUGAUGCUCCAACCUAAGCAGAAGGAUAGAUCCACCGCCCAAGAACUCGUCCAUGAAAUGGAAAGAAUCCGGAGCAGGUGGCAGCGCCGAGACGCGUUUUACGGGACACGGGCGUGGAAAGACAGUCGGUCGCCCAACCCCCACCUGCAUCAAAUAAUAUCUGCUGGAUUUUAUAUACAUAGCCAGAGUACUAACCGUGUGCUUCCCCCAACAACAGGUAUCACACCGCCCAUCAACUCUACGAUAACAACUCUCCAAGACGACGCCAUCCUCGUUGCGGAAUCACCAAACAUGUCGGACGCCACCUCGGCAAGCCCAGAUUCUUCCGAAUAUGAUCCUGGUACGGGGCCCGAACCGGUAGUUGGCCUUUUCGCGAAGGGCAAACCCCUAAGCCCUCUCUCACCCAUCUAUAUCGAUGCAGGACAGGCUUCAGGUCUCGCAGCAGAUCGAUUCGUGAGCCACCCGUCGAGACCUGGAGAUGAGUCGGAGGGACAAACACAUCCGUUUAUCCCAUCGCCUCCCCACGAGGGUGAUAUGGGGCUGGACGAUAUUUAUGACAACGCGCUAGAGGCCGCUUCUGUCCCUGCACGUGAAGUGGUGGCACAGCAGCUCCUCGAUCACGAUGCCAGUGCUCCCGCGCAAGGUGGGGAACUCGAGAAGAGCGUUGUGCACAGAGCUAUGCCCAACGACAGUAUUGCAGAGUUUAGGGUUGGGGACUCCGACCCUGCUUCGUUCACUAACCCAAGCUCUGCUUCCAGAGCGAUGCCUAGCAAUAGUAUCGCGGACUCUGACCAUGCUUCAUUCACCAACGGAAGCUAUGCUGAAUCCAUCUUCUCCAACCCUUCGCCAGCGGAAUCGGUGAUUUCCAGACUCUCAUUGGAGGAAGUUGGGUCUGCGAAGGCCGAGAUGGUCACAUUCUUUCUGGCUGAUGCGGAACUUCGGCCUUUAUUCGUUGCCGCCAUCAAGGACCCUGCUAUUGGCGGUGAUAGGCUCGAGAGGAACUUUCGAAGAUUGCUAACGGAAUAUUCCACUGAGGUUCUUGCAAUCGCCAAUGUCAAGAUAUAUCGGGAAACUGCCAAGCUUCUGAGAUACAACGCGUCAUUCAUAUCCGAAAGAGUUCGUCGGCAUUUUGAGCCACAAGCUCCAAGAUCCUCUCCUGCGUCGAUGAUGGAGAUGGAAGGUCAGGACGAGGCUAUAGGAAAGCGUCAGGUGCUCGAUAAAUACAUCAAGUCACAGCUUCGUGGGCAUGGUUCUGGGUCCGAUGACGCUGGCCCUGAAGUCGCAGUGGAGACUCAACCCGAACUCGAGCAGGGAGAACCCGAUCGACUUUCCGAGGCCUCUUCGGGACGAGACAGUGACGAAGCAAGCAUUAUGACAGCUCUAAACGAGGUCAAGGAGUUCUUGAGUUCUGGAGACCCCAUUAGCCACUUGAGAACAGGACUCAGGAAUUUUGUUACACCUAAACUCAAAGAACCAGAAGAACAAUCCGCGGCGAAGUUGGACGCAAUGCAUUCAAUCGAGCCCGAAACUUCACCCGAAACUUCACCCGAAACUCCACCCAAAGCUUCACAGAUUGCGUUGGAGCCUAACUCAUCUGCACAAGGAGUUCCGGUUGAAGGGUUUGCGACGUCACUUCCCGAUUUUGUCGACUACCUAUUCGGCUUUCUCCCACUUCCUUCCUGGGAACCUCCCGUUCCUCCUGGAAAGGGCCGUGUCCGAUGGAAAUGUAAAUGUGGUACCAGCCUCUAUGAUGACUUUACCGAAUUGGAACCAGGCUCGUUACAGGAUUUAGAAACUGAACUUCGAACUGCAAACAAUGGCGAUUCUCAGCCCAGCCACGAAUAUACCUGGAGUGCUACGGGUAUAUUGUCCGCCUUGGGCAACCCGAUAAGGAUAAUGACCCAUUCGUUGCGCCGAGGGAGAGCUAAUGACGCUAUUGAGCUUCCCUCCCACAAUGGACCACACCGGGCUAUCACACACCAAGCCAGCACACACCAAGCCAGCACUGGCACACAACAAGCUGGUAACUUGGGGACAUCCAAGGACUACAUGCGACAUCUUCUCUGCUGUAUGCAUAGUGGCGAGACGGGGACCAAACUUCACCAAGAAUGCAUAUCCCGUGAAUACAAAGACAGAGAACUAGGCAAACUUCUGAAUGAGGUGUACCGGAGCCAGAGAAGCAUCUUGUCCCGGUUCACUUUGCGACAUGUCUCAAAGCUACAUUUGACAAGAUUCGAGGUCGACUUCAGCUCCCUUGUCCAGAUCCAUCUACACGACAAGACCUGUCAUCUUCCGGACUGUGUCUGCUUACCUACCCCCGACCUUAUCACAUGUAGGGAAUAUUGCUGCGGACCCGCGCCAGAGACCAAGCCUACAAAGGUGCCCGUCCUCGGAGACAACUAUCUGAUGCAUUUCUUCAAGAGCCCAGAAUGCGUUCUCGACGAGCAGAAAAUGAUCUUCAACCAGCUGCCCAAACGCCUGCGUGGACCCCUCGCGGCGGGGCACGACGAAUUUAUGCUUGGGUGGGGGUUAUACUUCGAGGAGGGAUGGCACUGGAGGUCAAUCUACUUUAUUUUUGUUGUGGUGGUCAUAUUGAGUCUAGGUCUCGGCAUCGGGUGGUUCAUUUGGAGGGGAGAUAUCCAGAGUGGAUUCGCGAUAACCAGUACUUUGUUUACCCUGGGAAGUCUGGUCGUCGGCUAUCUGACCCUGAGAAGCCGUUAAGAUAUUCAUCUACGCUACUAGCUUCGCCUCUAGUUGUGUGUAUCAAUGGCUCAAUGGCUCAACAGGAUCUAUUUGUUUGCUGGACUUGACGCUAAUAUUGUACAGUUUUGU